AUGUCAUCGACUGUAAAGCUCGGAAAAUCAAUUCCGGACUUGCAAACCGAAUAUGUGGACAGUGAUGGAAAUAGCGUAGACUUAUCUGAAGCGAUAUGGAUGGUUAAAGUAACUUUGCCAUAUAUUGACAUCCAAGAAAUCUAUCGGAAGAUUCAGGAUGAGGUUGUUCUAAAUAUUUUGCCACAUGGUACCAAAAGCUUAUUACGAGUGAACUGCACUAAUAAUGCCUUAUAA